AUGGUUCAUUCCUUCCGGCCCACCUUGUUGCUGUCAAUGAGCGGCUUUUCAUUUCACACCCGAUCGUCCCGUCGUAUUAAGCGUAUUCGAGGAUCCAUCCUCAUAGACAAGGAUGGAGUGGAGCAAAGCCACCGAGAUUUCGGUUGUUUCAAAUCUUCAUUUUUACGAUUUCCCAGGCGCCUUUUGCUACCCACUCCAGCAAUGGCAGUCAUCCUUGAGGUCCUCGAUAACCAACACCUCUUGCAAGGUGUUGUACUGGCCCUGGUCUUGGUAUUUGUUUCCAGUUUCUACCAUGAAAUAGCAGAUAGUUUCCCUUACAAGAAUAUUCCCCUAGUUGGGAAAGGUAAGUGGGAGAUCACAAACACCAAGGCCAAGCACCGAUUUGUUACAUCUGCAAAGGAGCUCUUCGCCGAGGGUUUCAGUCAGGGUCGGAAAGCGUUCCAGGUCCAUUUCUCGGCUAGGCCGACCAUCGUCCUUCAUCCAAGCCUAACAAACGAGGUCAAGAACAAUCCACUUCUUGACUUCAAUGAAGCAAACAAGAAGAUUCCUGGAUUUGAGCCGUUCGAUGGAUUAGAUCAUGAGGGCAUUUUCCUAGAGGUGAUCAACAAAAAAAUUACUCAAGGGCUUGGGCAGCUGACCACUCCACUUUCAAGAGAGACUAUUGCAGUUUUAAAUGAGAAGCUUCCGGACUCGGGGGAAUGGCUUCCCUUCACCUUUGCACAGGAGAUCCCCCAUAUCGUAGCUCGCCUGUCCUCUCUCGUGUUUCUGGGAGAGAAGAUUUGCCGCGACAAGCAGUGGUUGGACGUUUCCGUCAAUUAUACCAUCCAUGCUUUCGUUGCUGCUCGUGACCUCAGACUUUACCCUACGGUUCUCCGUCCUUUUGUCCACUGGUUCUUGUCGUCGACUCGCAGGACCCGGCAAGACAUUCGCGUCGCUUCCGCCAUUAUCAACCGUGAGGUAGAAAAGCGAAUACUCAUCCGGGAAGGCAAGCUUCCUGAAGAGGACCCUCCAAGGACGCACGCAGACACAUUGGACUGGUUUGAAGAGGUUGCUGCGGGUCGGCCGUUAGACCUCGCUGUGGCCCAGGUCGGCCUUUCUCUGGCCGCGAUUCACACGACAUCUAAUCUCCUCACGAAUAUCAUGUACGACUUGACAGCCUACCCAGAGCACAUCCAGCCACUGAGAGACGAGAUCAAGGCCAUCAUCAGUGAAGAUGGAGGCUUGAAGAAGACCAGCCUGACCAAGAUGAAAAUGAUGGAUAGCGUGCUGAAAGAAUCCCAGCGAAUGCACCCCGCCGGCGUUGCCUUCAUCAAUCGCGUCGCCAUGGGAGAUAUUACCCUCUCCGAUGGCACCCGCAUUCCCAAGGGUGCCAGCAUAGCAGUUUCGGCGCACAACAUGGAAGAUGAAAGCCUCUACCCGAACGCGAAGACGUACGAUGGCUUCCGAUUCUACAAGAAGCGUCAAGAACCCGGCAAUGAGCACCGGUUCCAGUUCGUGACAACCAGCCCGGAACAUCUCGGCUUCGGACACGGCAUGCAUGCAUGCCCGGGACGCUUUUUCGCCUCGAACGAAGUGAAGAUUCUCCUCAUCCACUUUCUCAUGAGAUAUGACUGGAAGUUCGCAGAUGGCCGCACAACGCGACCGAUGAACUUUAUGCACGGAACGGAGUCGAUUUGCGAUCCGACAGUGGAAUUCCUGUUCAAGCCCCGACAGCCAGAGGUUGAUCUGUCAUGA